AUGGGCAAAACAAAUAUGCCAAUAAAAACCUCUGGAUUUGAGAGGCUUGUACCAGGCCUUCUCAACUUAGGGAACACCUGCUUCCUGAACUCCCUGCUGCAGGGCUUGUCCUCCUGUCCCUCUUUCAUCAAGUGGCUGGAGGAUUUCACAGCAGAGUACAAGAGGGAGCAGACCCAGCCCACUGAGCAUCGAUACUUGUCAGUCACUCUGCUGCAUCUCCUCAGAGCUCUGUCCUGCCAAGAGGUGACAGAAGAUGAUGUCCUGGAUGCAAGCUGCCUGCUGGAAGUGUUAAGGAUGUACAGGUGGCAGAUCUCCUCGUUUGAAGAGCAGGAUGCUCAUGAACUGUUUCAUGUCCUUACCUCUUCACUGGAAGAUGAGAGGGAUCACCAGCCCCGUGAGACCCAUUUGUUCGACGUGCAUUCGCUGGAGCAACCAGAAAUAACCCAAAAGCAAAUAAUCUGCAGAACAAGAGGCUCUCUUCCUCCUGUGUCAAACCACUGGAAAUCUCAGCAUCCCUUUCACGGAAGGCUGACCAGCAACAUGGUUUGCAAACACUGUGAGCACCAGAGCCCUGUGAGGUAUGAUACCUUUGACAGUCUCUCCCUGAGCAUCCCAGCAGCCGUGUGGGGUCGUCCUAUGACACUGGACCACUGCCUCCAUCACUUCAUCUCCUCUGAAUCUGUGAAGGAUGUUGUGUGUGACAACUGCACUAAAAUUCAAGCAGAAGGGACUCUGAAGGGACAGAGCAUAGAAAACCAGAGAACAACAUUUGUUAAACAAUUAAAGUUAGGAAAGCUCCCUCAGUGUUUGUGCAUCCACCUGCAAAGGCUGAGCUGGUCCAACCAAGGCACUCCCCUGAAACGACACGAACACGUGCAGUUCAAUGAGUUCCUCAUCAUGGACAUCUACAAAUACCACAUUCCUGUUCAUAAAUCAAGCCAGAAUGAGCUGAACCAGAAAAACUCUGAAGAGACAGCACCUGGAACAAAGGAUGGGAUAGCAGUGAAACCUUCUUCAGAUGCAGACCAGCCACCUGGCACUAAGCCCCUCUUCAGGAACGGUGCCUGCUCCUCUUCAUUUUUAAUGUCCUCGGGAACUUUUCCAUUUGCUGCAUUCCCUGAAUGCAGUUCCCCCGUGUACCUGUACCGCCUGAUGGCGGUUGUGGUCCAUCACGGAGACAUGCACUCGGGACACUUUGUGACUUACCGCCGCUCCCCGCCGCCCCCCAGGAGCCCCCUCCCGGUCAGCAGCCAGUGGCUGUGGGUGUCGGAUGACACGGUGCGCAGGGCCAGCCUGCAGGAGGUCCUUGCUGCCAGCGCCUACUUGCUGUUCUACGAGCGCGUCCACCCGCGGGCGCAGCACCCGAGCGCAGAGCCCCGCGCUGAGCAGUGA